CUUCGCUCUGACGCCGCUGAUACUGAUCCUCUCGAUGCGGGAGAACAUCUUUUCACUGAUCACCGGAAUCCCGUACCAGCACUUCAACUUCAUGCACCGGGUCCUCGGCUGGAUCAUCUUUGCGCAGAGCCUUCUGCACACGAUCGGCUGGACGAUCGUGCAGGCGGCCGCCGUGGAGGAGGGGGAGCUAGAUCUCCCCCGGGAGGUGCUUGUGGCGCCCAUGGGCGUGCGAAUAGUGCCGGGUGGGGUCCUGGCCCCCGAGGAGAACAUCGUCGAGCUGAAGUCGCGGCCGAAGGGGAAGAAGUACAUCAAGCAGGCAGAGCAGCUGUGGUUCUCGCGCACGCCGAUCCUGAUCAUUGGGUACCACGAGGAUGGCGGGAAUAUCGUCGAGGUCGAGAAGCGGGAUGUGGUGAAGACUGAGUGGCUCAAGAAGUGGGAGGUCACCAAUACCGAGAAGCUCCAGAAGCUGGCGAGAGUACUGGAGAUGUUGCGGACGGCUAUGGCCGUGAGAGGGGGAGGUUUGCAGUCGUCACACAAAAGGGCCAGAGUGCCCUUAGUGUCUACGAGAUGCAAAAGAGUUAUCGGUUUGGGUUGCCCGAGGAUAUCAAAACGGGUUGGAAAUAGAUGCGAAUUUAUUUUGAUGUUUUUGGGAUAGUUAUUUUGUUUUUGUUUUUGUUUAAUCAUCAUAGCAUUCGGCCUUAUCAGAUCAUGGCUAUUUUGGGAUACAUGUUACUACUCCCACGACACGGGAGCUUCAUUAAAAACCUGGC